GUUGGCCUCAUCCAGCUCAAGCAGGAGCAGGUGUUCAUCCAGCCCCUCAACAACUCAGGAGGCCCAUUCAGUGGAAGAGAGCAUCUGAUCAGGCGCAAAUGGUCUUCCGCCCCCAGUCCGUCUGCUGACGUGGAGGAGCCCGGGCAGCACUGCACAGUAGUGGCAGAAAAGAAACCUAAGAAGGACAAGCCAUCGCGGGACUGGAGGGAGCGGAGGAAUGCCAUCAGGCUCACCAAUGAGCACACUGUGGAGACCCUGGUGGUGGCCGAUGCCGACAUGGUGCAGUACCACGGGGCAGAGGCUGCACAGAGGUUCAUCCUCACUGUCAUGAACAUGGUGUACAACAUGUUUCAGCACCAGAGCCUUGGGAUUAAAGUUAACAUUCAAGUUACCAAGCUGGUCCUGCUGCGACAACGCCCGGCCAAGUUAUCCAUCGGGCACCAUGGUGAGCGGUCCCUGGAGAGCUUCUGUCACUGGCAGAAUGAGGAGUAUGGGGGUGCACAGUACCUUGGCAAUAACCAAGUACCAGGAGGGAAGGAUGAUUCACCUUCUGUGGAUGCUGCUGUGUUUGUGACCAGGACAGAUUUCUGCGUUCACAAAGAUGAACCGUGUGACACUGUCGGAAUUGCUUACUUAGGAGGCGUGUGCAGUGCUAAGAGGAAAUGUGUGCUUGCUGAAGACAAUGGUCUCAAUUUGGCCUUACCAUCGCCCAUGAGCUGGGCCACAA